AUGGCAUCGAAAAAUCAACUACCAGUUAAUGGUGGUGAUUCUGGAACUUUGACUUGGAAUAAAGUCAUGGAUGAUGCUCUUGUUGAUGCUUUUAUGCAUGAAUAUGAAAAAGGUAACAAAGUUAAUGGUACAUUCACUACAUCAGCAUAUGAAAAUAUUGCAGCUGAACUCCGUACAUUGUUUGGAAACAAAGUUGAUAAGGUGAAGAUAAAAAACCGUUGGAAAACUUUGAAGAAAAACUUCACUGAAUAUUAUGACAUUUUUAAAGGUGGUAUGAGUGGAUUUUCUUGGAAUUCAACUACACAAUUAUGGGAUGCCGAGUCAGAAGUUUGGGAUGCUCUAAUUGAGUCAAAACCAAAAGCAUUAAAUUGGAAGAAUGUACCACUUCCAAAUUAUGAGAAAAUGGUGAUACUUUAUGGACCUAACCGAGCUGAUGGAGAGGAAUCUGGAACUUUAAAAGAGACAAGAAAACAAAAGUUAUCGGUCACCAAUGAAGACUUCGUUGAAACUAUCCAAGACAUUGAUGACCAUGUUGUCCGGAAUGAGGUGAAUUUGGAAAGUUUUGAUGCUACUUAUGAUUUUUCUGUACCCGAAACACAAUCCUCAGAUCCUUUAAGUGGUAGUAAAAGGAAGAAAAUGAAAGUGGUUAAAAACAAAGAUACAAACAAUGAUAUUGCUGAACUCCAAGAAUCAUUUGUCUUAGUUGCAAAUGCACUAACAGAAGGAAAUGCUGCAAUACGAGAAGGAAAUGAAAUAAUGAGAGAACGUCAAAAAUAUGAGUUGCCUCCAAUUUCAGGGGAAGAAACAUGGAAUUUAAUAAAAGAGUGUGGAUGUGAUGCAAAGUCAUUGCCUCAAAUAUAUUGCACUGUCAUGAAAGACGCUGACAAACUUAGAAUGAUUCUCCAGUGUCCACUUGAAGCACGCAAAGCAGUGAUAAUGCAAAUGGUAUUUGGUUCAUCGGAUUGA